GACGUCACCGGCAUCGCGCCGCGUACUGAUACGUCAUUAUUACGCGACCAAGGCGGAAACGUAAACAACAGCCGGUUAAACCUUCAAGACGGGAAAGUAAACGUUAGGUUUAUUAUGGAAAACUCGAAAGAUGCAAAUUUGACAAGCGGCAAAAGUGAACACUGGAAAGAUAUUCUGAAAAGGAGACUUGCAUCGACCAAACGUGACCUCAUGAGUGAAGAAGAGAAGAAAGCUGAGGAGAUUGAGCUCUUCACUAAAUAUUACAGUGAAUGGAAGGGAGGAGGGAAUACAGAUGGGAGCUUUAAACACAUCCCACGCUUCUACUACAGACUUCCUGCAGAGGAUGAAGUGCUUCUGCAGAAACUGCGAGAGGAGUCGAGAGCCGUGUUUCUGCAGAGGAAAAGCAGAGAGCUUCUCGACAACGAAGAGUUACAGAACCUCUGGUUUCUUCUCGAUAAACAUCAAGUGCCUCCUACGAGCGGCGACGAAGCCAUGAUCAGCUACGAGAGCUUCCUGAAGGUCGGAGAGAAUGCAGGAGAAAAGUGCAAACUCUUCUUUACUGCCAGAGUGUACGCCAAGCUGCUGCAUAACGACCCAUACGGACGCAUCUCCAUUAUGCAGUUCUUUAAUUAUGUGAUGAGAAAAGUGUGGCUUCACCAGACGAGGAUCGGUCUGAGUCUGUAUGAUGUCGCGGGACAGGGCUUUCUCCGCGAGUCUGAUUUGGAGAACUACAUCCUGGAGCUCAUCCCGACUCUGCCUCAGUUGGACGGUUUGGAGAAAUCCUUUUAUUCUUUUUACGUCUGUACGGCUGUGCGCAAGUUCUUCUUCUUCCUCGACCCUCUGCGCACGGGUAAAAUAAAAAUUCAGGACAUCCUGGCUUGCAGUUUUCUGGACGAUCUGCUUGAGCUCAGAGAUGAAGAGCUGUCCAAGGAGAGUCAGGAGUCCAACUGGUUCUCCGCUCCAUCUGCACUCCGCGUUUAUGGUCAAUACCUGAACCUAGAUAAAGAUCAUAACGGGAUGCUGAGUAAAGAGGAAUUGUCUCGCUAUGGCACAGGAACCUUAACCAGUGUUUUCUUGGAUCGUGUAUAUCAGGAGUGUCUGACCUACGAUGGGGAAAUGGACUAUAAAACGUACCUGGACUUUGUCCUGGCUCUGGAGAACAGAAAGGAACCGGCAGCACUGCAGUACAUCUUCAAGCUGCUGGACAUGGAGAACAGGGGCUUCAUCAACGUCUUCACUCUCAACUACUUCUUCAGGGCCAUCCAGGAGCAGAUGAAAAUUCAUGGACAGGAGCCUGUGUCUUUUCAGGAUGUGAAGGACGAGAUCUUCGACAUGGUGAAACCCAGAGACCCGUAUAAGAUCACGCUGCAGGACCUGGUGAACAGCGGUCAGGGCGACACGGUCACCAGCAUCCUCAUCGACCUCAACGGCUUCUGGACCUACGAGAACCGAGAGGUGCUGGUCACCACCGACGAGAGCAGCUCGGUCGACUUAGACGACACGUGACCCACAGAAAACACUGCAGGAAUUAAAACCUGGACAUGAUUAGAUGCAGUCUGGGUUUGUAGGUGUUUGUUUAAUUAAAAUUAUCGUCGGUGCUGAAAUUAUUGGCACCCUUGGACAGACCGGGUAAAAAAUACUGACCUUUAGUUCAAAUACAUUUAUUUUAAAAAAUAUAAAGAAAACGAGAAAAAUAAAUUUGUAGUGUCUGUGAAAAGUGUGGAAACACCGACUGUUUUAUUUUGAGGCACAUACACGAUCCUUUUGUUUCUAUGCAACAAGCUCGGUAAUGUUACACUUGAUUCACUUUGACCAAACAAAUAUAUAAUAAUUAUUAUUAUAUUAAUAUAUAUGUCCAGAUGUUCCACUUUAUUUUCCUAAAAAUUCCUCCACUUACACACACACUGCAUCCGAACAGUUCAUUUCUAUAAACAUUCAGCUGAAACACACCUCUGGUAAAACUCACCAAAGAUGUUCUGCACUAGUUGGAGAUCUUCUCUUCUGGUAGAGACACAAAUAUCACAUUUCGAUUCAACAGAACUUUUCCCCACUCAGUCACGGUCCAAUUACUGUGUGUUUUUGUCUUUUACCAAGUUUGUUGCAUAGAAACAACAGGAACACACACACACACACACACACAUACGUGUCUAAAAAAACAGAAAUGCUGAAUGUUUCCACAUUAUCACAGUUGCGGAAUAAAUGUGGCUUUAAAAAGUACAUACAUUAAAAAUGUUUGAUGUAUAUGUUAAAAAAGACCUUGUGUAAGAAUAUUAUUAAAUGUAAGAGUUAAAAAGAAAAUGAUAAAAUAAAAGUUUCCCCGUCUGUACUAAGUGAGGGUGGAGGUAAAACUGGAUGAAUUCGUAUACAAUUUACUUUAACAGAUUUUUACAUUGAACUUUUUUUUAUUAAAGAAAGCCACAUUGUUAUAUACGUCUUUUUUUUUUUUUUUUUAAACGAGAUCAAUCAUGUUACAGAGUCGUGCAUUUAAAGAAGUGUACAUGAAUAAAUUAUACAGUUUGUUGAAGUUGUGUGUUGUGAUUAAUGUAAACACAGUGAACAUCUCAAUUUCCUCAUUUUUAUACCCGAAUAAAACACAUUUCAGAAAGGGAAAUGAUUUCAUCAGUUAUUAAUGGCCAGUAAUACAAAUAAUAAUAGUAAUAAUAUUUUAUAUCACUAGUGUUGUGAUGUAAUAAUCCUUCAACCUGCUCAUUACAUCCCAGUACUUCACUUCUGUCAUCACUUCUCUACAACGUCCACAAAAAAUGAAUAAAAAAAUAAAAUAAAACAGGUGACUCUUAUUAAACAGUAAUAAAUAAUAAAAAGUAAAGGCGUGUCAGAUUCAUUUAGUGUGUGGUUAUUUGAACUAAACCCCUAUUCUGUUUUCAUUGGUCAAACCAACCGUUUCAGUCACUCAUGAUCUGAUCUGAUUGGCCGACGUGAAACUACGGACGAAUCAGAACUCGCGCUACUGAAAACACAUUCAAAUCACAGCAACUUUGUGUAACAGCGAUGAUGUUUUACAUUUUCUCUCCACACUCAGAUUGAUCCUGUGUGUAUGAAUAUGAAAUGAAGAUUGUAUAUGUUUCCUGCACAAUGUGAUCAGGGAAAUCGAGAACGUGGGGAAAAAGGGUUGCCACGGAAACAGAAAUCUCGAAUGAGGUUUGAAUACUGUUUCUCGGGCGGGUAUGAGAGUAAACAACGAGACAUAGUUUUUUUUUAUUUGUUUAUAGUUACGUAUAGUUACAAGUGCGUUCCUGUUCUUGAGGACAUUAUAGCAGCUAUAAACA